AACAACUUUCUUUCUAAGCAAAAACCAAUAGUUCUUCCCCAUUAAUCUUUCUUCUAUUUCAAGUCAUCACUUGGUAAAGCAAACUCCUCACAUCUCCAAUCACAAACCACAACAUGAUUGAAAGUUAACCAGCAAGGAAAUUGGUAGUUGUAUAUUGAGUCCCUCCAUUUCAAGAAAAUCCAUUAUAUCACCUACCAAAGCAAAAAAACAUUCUUGAUUCACUCACACACACACACACACACACUACCAUCAUAGAUACAUAGUACAAAAUGAACCACGUUUGUUGAUCUUGAUGAGAAGAUGAUGAUGGGAUCUCAAGAGAGAUCAAGAAAAAAGAUUCACAUAUGGAAGAAAGCCAUACUUCAUUUCCUCUUGUGCUUUGUGAUGGGAUUCUUGACAGGCUUCACCCCCACAAGGAGAUCUCCAAGCCAUGUCACAAUGCUCCUCUCCUCGCCUCAGCACGUGGAACAUAACCACCCUUUCAAAAGGAGUGCUCCGGUGAUGAAUGGGGAGAAGCUCGUGAUCAUCGUGUCGCCAACCAGCACGAGAAACAAGCUCCUCCGCAACGUGCUGCUCACAAGACUCGCGCACACGCUGAAGCUGGUGGCUCAGCCACUCCUCUGGGUGGUUGUGGAACCAAAGUCCCACGAUGAUCAUGAUCCCGGGGUUUCUCAGGUACUGAGAAAAACCGGGAUCAUGUACAGGCACCUGGUGUGCGAUGAAGAUUUGAGAGAUGAAGAUGAGCAGAGGAACCUGGCGCUGAACCACAUCGAGCACCACCGGUUGAGCGGGGUGGUCCAUUUCGCGGGGCUCGCCAAUGCCUAUGACCUCGCCUUCUUCCAAGAGAUCCGAGCUAUCGAGGCGUUUGGAGCAUGGCCUAUAGCUAAGAUGCGCGCGAAUAGGAAGAAGGUGAUGAUCCAAGGCCCGGUGUGUGAUUCAUCAAGGGUGAUGGGAUGGCAUUUGAAGAAGAUGAAGAAUCAGACGGUGGAGAUGCCGCCGCCUAUUCAUAUCUCCAGUUUCGCUUUCAACUCCUCCAUUUUGUGGGAUCCGGAGAGAUGGGGUAGAACUUUUUCUACUCAAGAUGCUGCACAGAAUUCAGUGAAGUAUGUUAAAAAGGAAGUUGUUGAGGAGGAAAGCACGUUGAAGGGUAUUCCAACGCAGGGAUGCUCUAAAGUUCUGCUAUGGGAACUCAAUAUUGCUAUACAACUAUAGAAUAUAAUAUAUUCAGAGGAUUUUUUAUUCGAGAGUAUAUAUAUAUAUAUAGUGAUGAUAUUGGAGCGUAACGCGGGAUACUUUGAUAGAUGAUCCAUAAAAUUGAAACAUGAUAGGAGAGUAGUAAUAAUAGCAAAGUUUGCUUCCAAUUAUUGUUCAAUCUUUGAUAAUUUAUAAUGGUGUGAAUAAAAUUGUUCCUAUUUUUACUA